AUGGCGAACCCCGCGCUCGGCCAACCCCGCGCAAUUGGCACUAUCCCCGUCGUUGAGCUGGCCGCUAAGAUCGCUUCCCUCUGUCUCGAAUACUUGUCUGCCGUCGAGAGCGCUAGGUCCGACAUCGAACGCCUACGAAAAUAUAUCGACAACCUGAAGACAGAUGGCGCGCAAAGCUUCUCUAGGGCCCACAUGGGGCUCGGCUCGAGACGUCGCAAAAGCUGCGCGAAGCCCUUAACAACACCCGCUCGCAGCUUGUGGCCGUUCGAGAGCAAGGACGUGGACAAGAUCAUUGCAAACCUCCCGCGAGAUCAGGACUCCUUUACGGCAACCCUUCAGAUCGAUCAAGCCACCGAAAUCCUCGAAAUCCACUCUAAGAUCGACCUAGCAAAGCUCCCAGGCGCAAGCGGCGCAGCCUUUGACUCCCACGCCGAAGAACACAACGCACGAUCCCACCCCAACACCCGAGCCGAACUCCUUUGCCAGAUCCGGGACUUCUCCUUCAAAAGGGGAGAGGGCGACCGUGGCAAAGCUGGCUUGGUUUUUCCCACCAUUGCUCGUCAGGUUGUGCGCAAAAUCCCUGCCCUGGUGCCUUUCGUCAGAACGGCCAUUGAUGCCGACCCAGACGUUCCCAAAAAGGCAUUGAGACACCACAACAUUUGCCGCAUUACAGCAAUUGUGAUUGUCAUUGACGCUCUUGACGAAUACAAUGGAGACGAAGACUUCAAGACCAUUAUCGCCCUGCUCGCGCAAGCAAACGUGGUACGCUCCGUAUGUCUGAGGAUUUUCAUCACCAGUCGGCCCGAGUUAUCCAUUCGGCUCGGCUUUAAAGACGUCUAA